GCGCACGUGUAGUCCACAUUAAUUUGCGUUGUGUUCCUAGGUAGCUUCUACUUUGAAAAGCGUAUUGUUAUUUACUUAUUAAUGUAUUGAUUUUCGUAUUGGAACGUCGACGCGAGGCUGCACGGCCAUCUGAUCUGUCUGGAUACGUGAGGUGGAGAGGAUGAACAUCGAGGAGAAUAAAGUGAAUGAGGAUAUGGCUGAUGAAGAAUCUGGAGAAAUGCCCAAGAUUGAAGCAGAUGAGGAUGACGACAACACAGAGAAUGACGAUGAAGAACUAAAUGAUGAGGAACUUAAAGAAGAGGCUGAAGGUGAUCUCAAAGAGAAAAAGGUGUCAGUAGGCAAGACGUGUCUGCCAGGAAUAGUGUAUUUAGGUCAUAUACCACCAAGACUGAGACCCAAGAAUAUGCGCAGCAUGCUGAGUCUGUAUGGGGAGAUUGGAAGGAUAUUCCUACAGCCUGAAGACCGGUCUGUGAAGAGGAAGAAAAAGAAAGCUGGCACCAAGGCAUGCAGUUUCACUGAGGGCUGGGUGGAGUUCAGGGACAAGAGAGUGGCCAAGAGAGUGGCAGCUAGCCUCCACAACACACCGAUGGGCGCCCGGAAAAGGAGCCGCUUUGUCAGUGACCUCUGGAACAUCAAGUACCUCCACAGGUUCCAGUGGUGUCACCUGAGUGAGCGACUGGCCUAUGAGAUGACUGUGCUCCAGCAGCGCCUCAGAACUGAGAUCUCUCAGGCCAAACGAGAGACCAACUUCUACCUGGCCAAUGUGGAGAAGAGCCAGAACAUGGACAAACUGAGGAAGAAGAGGGAGAGGAAGGGCGAGAAGAUAGAGGAGAAGACUUGGAACUUCACUCAGCGAUGUACAGAGGAUGAGAUCCAGAUGAGUCGCCUGCGUAAACAGACCAUGUCCAAGAAGAACCUGCUGAAGGCCCAGGACAAGGCCAGGGACAUACAACAGAAGUCCCAGUCCAACGUCUCUCUGCUGGCCAAGAUCUUCAACGGCAGCAAAGCCAGGGACUGAACCUAGCCCGGCAGUUCUGGUCAAACACAGUAUCCCAGGACUGGUCUCUUUUCAGUAUCACAAUUAGAGCAAACUUUUGCCCCUGACACUUGCUGGUGUUGUGAGCGACACUGAGAGGAUGGGCUCUGUCCAGACACACAGACUCGAGGGAAAAAUAGGGUUUUCUCCAUCAGUGUAAUUUGAUUAUAAAUGUAGGAGAGACUUGGACAGAUCCUCUUUUUGGUUUAAUGUAUUGUAAACUAUUAGCUAUGAUGCAGUAACAAUAUGUUCAGCGCCAUGGAAAACACCUGCUCAUACUGUAUGUGCUAUUUGGAAAUAUUAAAUGGAAAUACCUCU